GGGGAGAGUGGCGGGGGAGACCGGCUCUUCUAGAGUUAGUACUGACGUAGGACGUGAUAAAUGGUCUAUCUGCAGCAACUCAAGGUCAAUAGGGAUGUACCGAUGUGCCACGGGUAAGCGGCGCUCACUUGUCAGCCGAUGCGGUGGGUGUGACAGUGCCGUCCUUCCCUGAUGAGGAGGGGACGUGCCCCUUGCGCAGCGCGGCGGGAACCGAUUCCUCAUGGAUUUGGGCAAUCGGACAGAGCCGUCACUCCAGCCUGCUUCAAUUGAACGCAGGACAUAUUUUCCUGGGCGUAAUUGGAGCUAUAAUGAAGACAAAGGAGCGGUGACAUCAUCGGAUGAUGAAAGUAGACAAGAAGGUAUUCACUCUUCUGAAACGUCACCUAUAUAGCCGUCGUGACUCCAGUAGAGGAUGGAUACCACCCAGUGACCGACCACGUACUUCUGAAGAAGGUAUUCACCCUACGUAUUUGUCUGCCUAGAUUCUAAGAAGGCGCCCCGACCGAGCCGCAAUAAAUAAGGAAGGCUAAUUGUAAGUCUCUUCACGCAGAAGAAAGUUAGGACCUGAUGCCGUGUUCAUGUGAAGCCAUAGAAACUGCGACUGUGCUCCGCUAUACCUACACUGUUGUAGCUCGCUGUUGUGUAAAGACUGCACAGAGAAACAGACCUGAGUAUGGCUCCCCGGCAGUCCACCGAGAAACCUUUCAAUAUCCGCUUCCUGUCAUUCCUGCUGCUAACUACCUUCUCCCCGGUGUACACCAACAACUGCCCCAGGAUCUGCGUCUGUAGCGGGUCCUUCUCUAACGUGUACUGCGGCGAUAGCAAUCUCACCAAGGUCCCCAACAGAAUACCGGAGAGGGUUGUCUAUCUCAACCUCCACAGCAACAACAUUAGCAAACUCAUCAAGAACCAAUUUGCCAACUUGCCACAGUUACAUACUCUACAGCUCAGCGCAAACACCAUAUCGGAGAUCGACAACGAUGCCUUUGUCGGUCUGGACAAUUUGCAAAUCCUCGAACUGUUUUACAACAGCCUGGUAGUCGUACCGAGUGGGGCGCUCAAGUCACUGAUCAACUUGAAAGAAUUAUGGUUGGGAGGCAACCCGAUAGUCUGCCUGGAUGCCUACAGCUUCUCUUAUCUGCCUAAUCUCAAACUCUUGGAUUUGGGGGAACUGAGACAGCUUAGGGGGAUCUCGAAUAACGCCUUUGCGGGGUUGAGCAGUCUGGUGUACUUGAACAUGGGAGUCGCUAACUUGCAGACCGUGCCUUAUCUGCAGCAUUUAACCAGUCUGGAGGAGUUGAAUUUAUCAGGGAACAUUAUCAGGAUCCUCGGGCGAACGUCGUUCCAGAGUAUGUUCAGGCUCAGACGGCUGAUGAUUAUUUCGUCCCAAGUGAACGAGGUUGAACCACUAGCCUUUGAAGACUUGCAGGCUCUGAGUGAAUUAGACCUUUCCUACAACAACCUCAGCACAUUACCAUACAACCUCUUCGCCGCGUCGACAUCGCUGGGGAAGGUGAACCUAAAAUACAACCCGUGGAACUGCAGCUGCGACAUAACGUGGCUGGUGGAAUGGCUGCGAACGAAAGUACGUGAUAGAACUUGCGAUGCAUGCGGGGAGUGUCGAUACCCGAAGAGGCUAUUAGGAACAUCCGUAUUUCGUCUUCCAAUAGAAAUUUUCCGCUGCCCUCGUCGAAAGAUAAGCAACUAUUCGAUCCAGCUAAACGUUACAGAGGGCGAGGACGCAUCCUUACCAUGCGUGUCAGGUCGGGAGACCGCCAUCAGUUGGAUAACUCCUAACGGGACGACAAUACGACACGGCAACUACGAGGUCCGCGUCAAGGUCUUCAACGACGGCAGUUUGAACAUCACGAGAGUGACCCUGCACGACGCGGGCGUGUACCGAUGCAUCGCGCGUAACCCAGGCGGCAGCCAGUCCGUCAUCACAACGCUGAAUGUCACCACAAGGGCGUAUAUUACCGAUAUACCAGUACUAGAGGAGCCCAUGGAGGAUGACUUCGAUCCCUCCGUGUGCACGCUGGGGCUUGAUGACCAGAGCUGGUCUAACGUCAACCUAAACACCACCAGCAGAUUGAAUCUGACCUACAAACCGCCGACUAUGCCCCCUGGUGGUACCGUUUCCGUUGAUGAAGAUGAUGAUGAAUACGACCCUCUGGCCUCAAGAAAGUUCGACCAUUUGAGCGUUAUCGUCAGCUCCAUCGCCGGCAUCGUGGUGCUGGGACUAUCUGUCUGGGGGAUCUGCUUCCUCUGUAAGAGGUGUCACGACAGAAAACGGUUCCUUCAGAAGAAAUGCAAAAUGAACGAAAGAACAAAAAAGAAACACGAAGACGACAGCUCGUGCUGCUGUCGGAAGUAUUGUUGCUGUUGCAGGCAUAAAAUGGAAAAAGAACCAGAAUCGGUAGAGAUGCCGCCUCCUGAUAUAUACAGUAUAGACAUCAAAGUAGACAUUGAAAAACAGCCCAAUGGGACGUUGAAAAAGUCAAAAGCUUCAAAAGUUGAGACGCAAGUCUGA